GCGGGUCCACCGGGCAAGCAGGUGGAAGGGACACCUCCGAUACGCCAACGUUGGUUGCAAGAGUCAUAGAGGUUCCUCGUGCCCGUUUAGUCUCGAGCCACACCAAGUAAGAUGGAGAUGUCGGGAGCCGCUGGUUUCUUCCUGUAUUUCGCCUUCGGAAGCAACUUAUUGAAAGAAAGGCUACAGCUGGCAAACCCGUCGGCGACAUUUUAUAAGACCGGUCGCCUGAAGGACUACAAACUGAACUUUGGCCUGUGGAAAGAACACAUAGACAAUGCUUGGCACGGUGGUGUGGCAACCAUUGAGUCGUAUCCAGGUGCAGAAGUGUGGGGGGUCAUCUGGACUUUGAACAACGAACACCUCUCGAGCCUUGAUGACCAGGAAGGAGUGAAGGCUGGUAUAUACUCUCCACUGGAGGUCUCAGUGGAGACCAAUAACGGAACAGUGCUCUGCAGGACGUAUCAGAUGAACAACUUCCACGCCUGUCCUCCCUCGCCACAAUACAAACAGGUGGUGUGUCUGGGCGCGGAGCAGAACGGACUCCCCGUAGAGUACAAGAAGAGCCUGGAGGCCGUUCAAACCAACAACUACAGCGGCCCCUCGAUCCUGGACCGAAUCCCAACUAUCAUGAACCUGAGAUUAAACAGUUCAAAUUCAGGUCCCUGAACUUGGAAAUGAAAGUGAGCAGAAAUACACCAGAAUGAGAUAUAGAGCAGUUAACUGGUGGAGGAACUGUGGUGAGGAAGAUAUCGCUUUUUUUUUUUUUUUUUUGCAGAUUAUGGACCUUUUAACCUCAAACAU